AAUUCUAGGUUGAAUAUUUUGUUUCCGUGUUCGUUCUCUUUAGAAUUCUGUGAGAUUUCAUCAGAUAUGGCUGGUAAAAAGAAAAAAUCUUUGGCAAAUAAGCUUGCCAAAAUGUCAGAUGAAGAGAGAGCAAGAUAUCUUCAAAACAGGGCUGAUAUCGAAGAGGAAGCAAAAAGAAGAAAAGAACAAUUGAUUGCAACUUUUCUGAAGAAAAAAAUCAAGAAAGAAGAAGCAUUUUCGAGGUUGAAUCUUGCCAAAAUCAAUCAGAAUUGGCAUCAGAUCUUGCGAAAAGCUAAAUGUCAAGAGAUGAGGAAGAAUGUUGAUCAUAUGAGGGAGUGGAUAGAAAGACUCGUAGCGUACAAAAAUAAUACAAUCCAAAAGUUAUUGAAACAACUGGAGGAAGCUGAAGAAGAAUAUUCAAUCAAUUUUAGAUCGCAUUCAACUCACAUCGAUGAUAUUUUAGAACACCAAAAUCAAUAUGUGGAUCAACUCAAGAAGCAAUAUGAGGAAGAUCGUGAAGCAUUGAUUAUUUGCGCAGAAAGAGAAAAGAAAGUGAUGGAAAAUAAUGCUGAUGCAAAUGAGAAAUAUUUAAAAACAAUUUUGUUCGGACAGGACUCGCAGGCUAAAGGAAUCUUGAGAAAAGAAUAUGAAGGUUACAUGCUGAAAUGCUACGAAGCCGAAUACAAUUUUCAGUCGAAGCUGAACAACCUCAGGAAAUCUCGUGAGGGUAUUAGCGGGGCCAUCUGGAAGCAAAUAGCUGAAACUGUGGAGCAAUAUGUCACUCAAACUGACUUGAGACGCUCACAUCUGGCUGAAUUGAAAAGGUUGGAUUCGGAGGGCGCUGUUGAAAUUUCUAAAAACGAGGAGCGCAUAAAAAAGGAAGAGAUUGCGAUAGAUAACUCAAAAAAAGAAUACGCUAUUGUGCAACAUGCUCAGGAAGGUAAAAUCAAUUACCUUGAACUUCAACUGAAAAUCCUGAACAAGCAUUUCUUGAACAUUCGCAGAAAUCUUCAGUUGGAUCUUCAAACCGAUGAGAAACAGAUGAAACUCCUCACCGAUAUAUCUGCCAAAUCAUUGAAAUAUUUAGAAAAUUUGAACCAGAAAGGACAACACAUCACCAACCUAGCUGAAACUUGUAAAAAGUUUGAAACUGAUAGGGAAAAACUUGUUAAGUGGAUACCAAAAACACGCGAGUUUCUAAAUAGUGGAGAGGAAAGUUCGUCUGAAAUGGAAUCUGAGGGCAUAAAAAAAACGAUGCCGGAAAUAUCUGUUGAUGGUUCAAAAGUCUUUGAAGAUCACUCAAGUAACAUACCGGAUUAUGCCAAAUUAAAAUCAUAUUCAAGAUCUGCUCCAUCAGAAGAUCGCCAAAGGCCCAAAACGUCAAUUCCUGAGAGGAUUCUAUCGCCGCAGAAGACAAUUCCAAAUACUCCAACUCCGGAACCUAACAAUGUGACAACUAUUCAAAAUAUCGUGUUACAAGCAAAACCUCAUUCCAAAAGCUCAUCGCCAUCAUCGUCCAAUUCUUCUGUAUCUCUUGAAGACAAAUCAAAGAGCAUUUUGGAACGGUGUUUUGAAUCAUUGAAAGACUUGGAAGGUUUCUGGAUUUCCUAUAAUAAAGUAGAAGUCGACUUUCUGGAAAUUAAAGACGAAAAGAAGCUUCUCGAGAAGGAAAAUAAACAAUUGAGGGGCAUGAUUAGAGCAGUCUUAGAAGCAGCAGCUCUUUCAAAGUCGUUUCCCAAUAGUAAAGUUUCCACUAGACUACCUUCUAGGCGAAGAAGUAUAUAUUCUGCUCCUUUGAGACGAAUAAUUUUUUAAUUGAUUUAUCAGUUAUGGUUUUUCACCGUGAAGGAACGGCUACAUGGAAUGACUUACACUACCGAGGCUAAUGCUAGCUUAUAGAAGUAUGAGACAAGUCUUGUUUUCUAAUUGAGAACGUUUUUUCUCUCGCAUCAAAUUUUUUUAUAAUAUUAAGGUAUAAUCUGGUUGUA